AGCUUUCGAGGGGAAAUCCCUAAGGACUAAGGAGAAAAGAGAAGCACUCACUUACAAUGUCUUUCCCGAAGUUCAGGCUACGGAAGAGCCUCUACUUGAUCGGUCAAAACAUGGGCGGACACGAUCUCAGCAGCCUAAAGUUUCUCUCUGGCCUCCCCAAAGGAAGACAAGAGAAGAUUGAGACAGCCUUUGAAUUGUUUUGUACACUUGAGUCCAGGGGAGAGAUAGACUACAACAAGGACGACGUACUAAGAGAGCUACUAGAAUCAAGACACCGUGUACAUCUCCUGACUAAAUACCCUCUUGACACGCCAGAUGAUCUUGAGACAGACGCUGGUGGGAGGGUCUACAGUGAUCAAGAGAUUAAACAGUUAAAGAAGUUUUUGACCGAUAUCAGUGAGUCCCUCUCGCACAGGGACUUUAAAGAUUUGGCUUAUUUCCUGUUCGAUACAGACGCUACUGCCACUCACGGCACUUAUGGUUUUCAAGAUAUGGAACAAAUGUCAUCUGCCUUGGAUCUCUUUGAGAAACUCAUCGCUGCUAAGUUGAUCGGGCCUGAUAAUCUGACCGCCUUAUAUCAGGUUCUUGAGGUCAUUGGGCGGAAUGAUCUCUGUGUUAAGAUUGCUGAGUAUUUGCCUCAGUCUGGGGCAGCUAGGAGGCGGAGUCUUAAACUUCAAAGUCUUUCAUCGUACGGUUCAUCCUACUCUAGUUCCAGCUCUAGUCCCAUCAGCAGUAGUAUGGAGACAAGUCGUCCAACAACCUCUGCUAGUCACCUAACAACCUCUGCUAGUCACCCAACAACCUCCAGUUCCUCAAACUCUUAUUUUUCCAAUAGUCCCGCUUCUCCUUAUCCUCCGUACUAUGAUUCUUUUGAUAAGAUAUCCAGGGACGUGGGUAAGUCCCCUCGCCCAAGUGCCCCGCCUACUCUUCCCGGUCCACCUCCUCAGGCUCCAAGUAUACCAGUACAUACAGGUCAUCAGCCUCAAGAGCAGCCGCAACCUCAGUUGAAUCUGAACCGCCCUUCACAAAUUGGAGCGCAUUACAUUGUGCCGUCUUCUAAUGAACCCACGCCCUCAGCACCCACCCCUAUUGCUGAUCAACAGUCGAUUGGUUAUAGACCUCUUUGCCCUCAGGCUCCUACUGCAGCUGCUCAACAAAUGGAGUAUCAAUCAUCUCAGGCUCAACCCCAAACCUCACCCGUAGCUAAUCACCAGGUACAACCUGUUCCACCACAGGUCACACCCCAAGCCACACCCAAUCAAUCUUCUCAAACUCCUGCUCCUCCAGUUCAACAAUCAUUUGUUGGACAAGCUGAAUAUCCUUCGGGAGAGACAGUGGUGGCAAUGGAAGAGGAAGGUCAGGCUGAUGAGGAAAUGGACACCAGUGCUGCUGUUACUGGUGGGCCACGAUCUCUUCUUGAGCAGCUUGAGGAUGAAAACCAAACACUCAAAGAUAUAGCAGUCCAACAGUUUAAAUUGAUACAAGACCUGCACGAGGAGAAAGAGCAACUGAAGAAGAAACCAACCAAUAACAGUACGAGUAACAAUACCAGUAACAGUAGCAGUAGCAGUAGCAAUAUGGAGGGAGUCAUUUGUUAUGCAAUGGAUAAGAAACCGCACGGUAUUGCCAUCGUUAUCGGGAACGAGGUCUUCACGAAAAACAAAAAACGUCCUAAACUUGUUUUAGCAGAGCGUCGUGGUUGCCUCUCUGAUCUGUAUAAUUUCAAGUCCUGCUUUGAGGCACUCCAAUAUAAAGUUCGUACAUACGAGAACUGUUUUGCUGGUGAUAUUAAGAAGAUUGUCGAUGGGGUAUCAAGUGAGGAUCACAGCAACUACGACAGCUUUGUUUUCUGCAUCUCCACACACGGAGAAGAUAAUAAUUAUAUAUUCGGCUCCGAUGGCGAGCGUAUCAACGUCUACAAUCUCAUUGGUCAUAUCCAGGCUUGCCCCUCUCUACAGAAUAAGCCAAAGCUUUUCUUUAUCCAAGCCUGUCGGGCAACUCACACAGACGUACCCGCUGUCUCGGGUGAUGGUCCCGAGACCGUUCCACCAGUCGUCAAUAAAGACGCUGACGUUGCCAUAUUUUGGGCUACAACAAGGUCGCAGUCGGCGUACAGAUCUCCUCGUGAUGGCUCAUGGUUCGUGGCCUCAAUACACAAAGUCUUCACUGCAGAAGCUCACAGACUGGACCUGGUAAAUAUGAUGUACAAAGUGACUCAUAUUGUCACAGAAAUGGAGGGACGGGAGUCUAGCUCGGGAGAAACAGUCAGGCAGUGUGUGGAGACCAGUUUACAAAUGAGGGGAGCCGUCUACUUUAAUGUAGAAUAGAGGAGAGAGUGGGAGACUUUUUGAUACGUUUUAGUAUCCAGUUACUAACAAUUAUAAUUUGCAAUUGAUUAUCAUUAUUAUAGUUAUAUUUGCAAAAUUUUUGAUUGUUUGAGUCUAUUGUGAUGAAAUUGUAUUUCUCGUGUGUUUUUUUUGUGAGCUGAAAAAACCUUGUCGUUGAUUAUCAUUAUCUCUAUAAAUAUUGUGUAUAAUUAUUAUGAUUUAAGUUUUUGUAAAAGAUUUCUUUUUCCUUCUUCUCAA